CUGAAGGGUCUGGGAGGGAGAACCUGAAGAAAAAGUGCUGUUUUACAAACUGGCCGUCACACUUGUUGCAGACCAUGACGUUGAUCGAGUCUCUCGCUGACCUGGAGCUCGUUUGUUCUCAAAAUGCCGAAUGAGAGAGACGACCGCGACAUGCACGCCAAAGAGCAGUUCAUCAUGUCUCACGCCGCUCUUUGCACCAUCCCGCUGGCGCUCUCGGCGGGAGACGCUGCCGCCGCCGCCGCGGAGACCGAGCGAGGCGCGCCCGACGCUCACGGAGAAGAGUUUGCCCACAGUCACAGAAACGCCUGCCUUCGCCCCGACAGACCUGCGCUGAACAGGUGUAUGACUCUGCCUGGAGCUCUUGUAGAAAACGACCCCGUCAAGGCGGAGGCAGCGGAGGGAUCCAGACAUGAGUUCGGCCAUCACGCGCACAGGUUGUUCGACAGCGAUGACGACCUGGACUAUCACGUGCACCAUCACUGGCAUCCUCACGAGAGCAACUCGCACUAUUCCUUUGAGGCCAUUCAGCGCAGACAUACCACCCUGAGGAGAGUGCCGCGGCAGGCCGUCCGUGGCCCCGCUUACAUGUUCAGCGAGAGAGGCACCAGUCUGACCGAAGAGGAGGAACGUUUCCUAGACGCUGCAGAGUAUGGAAACAUCCCCGUGGUCCGUAAGAUGCUUGAAGAGUCCAAGACUUUGAAUGUGAACUGUGUGGACUACAUGGGUCAGAAUGCGUUGCAGCUCGCUGUAGGGAACGAACACUUGGAGGUCACAGAACUGUUGUUGAAGAAAGAAGGGCUGGCGCGAGUGGGUGAUGCCCUGCUGUUAGCCAUCAGCAAAGGCUACGUGCGGAUAGUAGAGGCCAUCUUAGCCCAUCCGGCAUUCGAAGGUGGCCUCCGUCUGACUCUGAGUCCCCUGGAGCAACAGCUACGAGACGACGACUUCUACGCGCACGAUGAAGACGGGACUCGCUUUUCCCAGGAUGUCACGCCUAUGAUUCUAGCGGCCCACUGCAAGGAGUGCGAGAUCGUGCACAUUUUGUUACUCAAGGCUCGCAUUGAGAAACCCCACGACUAUUUCUGCAAGUGCGGCGAGUGUGCGGAGAAACAGAAGCAGGAUUCUUUCAGCCAUUCGCGAUCGAGGAUGAACGCCUAUAAAGGCCUCGCCAGCGCUGCAUAUCUGUCACUGUCUAGCGAAGACCCUGUGCUCACGGCUCUGGAGCUCAGCAAUGAGCUGGCACAACUCGCCAACAUCCAGACUGAAUUUAAGAAUGACUACAGGAAGCUCUCCAUGCAGUGUAAGGACUUUGUGGUCGGCGUUCUGGAUCUCUGCAGGAACACAGAGGAGGUGGAUGCCAUUUUGAAUGGAGAUGUGGACCAGAACCCCCUGAGCGAACACCAUCGCCCUUGCCUUAGCCGGGUCAAACUGGCCAUUAAAUAUGAAGUGAAGAAGUUUGUGGCUCAUCCGAACUGCCAGCAGCAGUUACUGACGCUGUGGUAUGAGAAUCUAUCAGGCCUUAGGCAGCAGUCAAUCGGCGUGAAGUGUUGGACAGUGCUGGGAGUGAUGGUUGGCCUGCCAUUUCUUGCUAUUGCAUAUUGGAUUAUGCCCUGCAGCAAGGUGGGCCAGGUCCUCCGCAGUCCCUUUAUGAAAUUUGUAGCUCACGCCGUCUCGUUCACCCUCUUCCUAUGUCUUCUGGUCCUCAAUGCGUCCGACCGCUUUUCGGGGGUCAAAAACCUUCCUAACGAAACCAUCACUGAUCAUCCACGGCAGAUCUUUCGCAUUAAAACCACUCAGUUCUCGUGGACAGAGAUGUUGAUAAUGGAAUGGGUGCUGGGAAUGAUCUGGACGGAGUGUAAGGAGGUUUGGGCCGACGGACCACGAGAAUACAUCAUGCAUUUGUGGAACGUGUUAGACUUCGGGAUGCUGUCGGUGUUCGUGGCGUCAUACACCGCGCGGUUCAUGGCUUUCCUGCAAGCCUCCCAUGCACAGCUCUAUGUGGAUUUGUACGUGACUAACGCAGAUCUGAUCAAUGCCUCGUUACCAGAAGACGUGGCCUACUUCACUUAUGCCAGGAACAGGUGGCUUCCCUCAGAUCCUCAGCUCAUCUCCGAGGGCUUGUACUCCAUCGCUGUGGUGCUCAGUUUUUCACGUAUUGCGUACGUUCUGCCGGCCAACGAGAGUUUUGGACCCUUGCAAAUAUCUCUUGGGCGCACUGUGAAGGAUAUUUUUAAAUUCAUGGUCAUCUUCAUCAUGGUCUUCCUCGCCUUCAUGAUCGGCAUGUUUAAUUUGUAUUCCUACUACUUGGGGGCUAAAUACAAUCCUGCUUUUACCACGGUCGAGGAAAGCUUUAAAACACUGUUCUGGUCCAUCUUUGGUUUAUCUGAGGUGAUCUCCGUGGUUCUGAAGUACGAUCAUAAGUUCAUCGAGAACAUUGGUUAUGUGCUCUACGGGGUCUAUAACGUCACAAUGGUGGUGGUUCUGCUCAACAUGCUCAUAGCCAUGAUCAACCACUCAUACCAGGAGAUUGAGGAGGACGCUGACGUAGAAUGGAAGUUUGCUCGUGCAAAGCUGUGGCUCUCCUAUUUUGAUGAAGGCAGCACUCUUCCACCCCCCUUUAAUCUAAUGCCCAGCCCCAAAUCCUUCUAUUACAUGGCUCAGCGCACCAAAGCAUGCCUAGUGAGUUUAUGCAAGGCCAGGGUUCGUGGCAACAGCAGCCAGCAGGACGUGGGAACGGCCAAUUCACGCUCUAAGCUUCGUCGGUUUCAGCCUUACCACGCACAGGAAGGCUUCACGGUUAGAAAUCCUAUCAAACACCCCACAAGAUAUCAGAAACUCAUGAAGCGUCUCAUCAAGCGGUAUGUCCUAAAAGCCCAAAUUGACAGCGAAAGUGAUGAGAUCAAUGAAGGUGAGCUGAAGGAAAUCAAGCAGGACAUUUCCAGCCUCCGCUAUGAGCUCCUGGAGGAAAAGUCGCAGGCCACUGAAGAACUCGCUGAGCUGAUUCAGGAGCUCGGAGACAAACUCAGCAAAGGAGCAAAGAGACCAUGAGAAACGAAACUCUUGUGAUUCUAGCCGAGAGUGUCCUGGACCGAGUCUGGAUCUGCUGAAAUAUUUAGUUUAGAUAAAAACUUUAAAGUCUUAAAACGUAAUCCGUUUUAGACAUCGGUUUGUGAAGGUGUGGUUUGUGGUGUAGGAUGCAAUUUAAUAAUUUAAUAAUUUAAUGACGCAGGAGAGACACAGUGCUGUAGAAUAAUAAUAAAUUCAAAUGGACGUAUUAUCACAAUAUCUAUAUUAUUAAAAUGACAACAAGAGCUAAAUGUGCUAGUUCUGACAUUAGUUCUCAGUAUCCCAGAGCUGCACAUUAUGAUCAAGGAGGCUUGGCACAUGAGUUAAUGAUAACAAUGUGUUUUUUUAAUAAGGUAGACAUCCAAAAUGUGCAUGGUGGAAAAACUCCAGGAUCUGGACGGAGAUAAUAUUAUAAUAUGCAAUAAUAAUAUAGUAAUAAUAAUGCGCAAUAAUACCUUUCUCGUUCUUACGCACACACUUUUUAAAUUGUGUAUCAUGAAGAAAUAUAGAAUUAUAUUUUGUCGGGAGAAAAUGAAGCCUUUUUUUUUAAGACUGUUAAAGGUUUUACAAGAAAGAUAACUAUGUUUCCCUUCCAAGACUGUAACGCAGUAAAAUAAAUUUUCAUUUCUCAAAAAAACAAACAAAAAAACACACAAUGCAAAUGGUCCUAAUGGAAGGCUUGGUUUUCUUUAUGCAAAGUAGAAGUGGAUAAAAACAACGGGGCUGUGUGUGUUAGUACUGACUGUUAUGACGAUGUAUUGUCAUAUUUCAGUUUGAAAAUAAAAUAUUAAAAGUGCCUGCUUAUACCCGAGUUAUUGAUGGCAUUUUUCAAUAGUAGCAUAUGUUUAAACAAACGUACACUUUUUCUCGCAGGGAUGCAGUUUUGAAACAAACCAAAAAUAAGCGUGCGUUUAAAACAGAAGGGUGUAUCUUAUAAAACUGUCAAAAGUGUUUUAUUUUGAAGAAAUUAAAGAGUAUUAUUGUUAUUACACUGUUAUUGUUAUUAUUGUUAUUAAACUGAAACUACCAUAGCCUGUAUAGCUCUUCAUUUUAUUAAUUAAUUUCUUUUUAUUAAUUAAGUGCUUAUUGUUACCAUAAUUGUUAUUUUGUAUCGAUUUGUUAUAUGAUUUGUCACCAUUUGUGUUGCUUAUUAGUUGCUCCAUUCAAAAUUAAAAUAAUUAUGUUACUCAUUGCUUUCUGGAAAUAGUUAUUACUUGCACUACUAAUUACAUUACUUUUCCUUCAAGCUCCAGAGUAUAUUUCUCUAGAAAGAUUUUACUGAAUUACAUCGGGUUCAAAGGAAUGUGGGUGGGCCAUGUAAUGCAAUACCACAAGUGUUCAGAUCAUCUUUUCUCCUGACUCAAUGUAAUGGCAAUAUCCACUGAAUAUAAUUUUUUAUAUAAAAUUUAUUAAAGGAUUAUUGGAUUUUAAAUCAGCAGGGGUUAGGGCAUCGAAAGUAACUAGCUGUUUUAAAAUUAUUACUGAAUAAUUAUUAGUAAAAAAUUAGUUACG